UCCUAGAAUGCAGUAUGGGCUUGUGACUUGUGAGAGUCGGAUUAGAUUGUGAAGCGGUGAAGCCGAACAUCCUACCAGAAAACGUCAGCAAACCGUCGGAAAACACCAAAAUUAAAUUUCCCUGGUUUUCAUGUAAAAAACUCUCCAUUCCAGAGAGAGAUCAAUGGAGUCGUCGUCCUCUUCGUCGACACCGUUAACAGAAAGGUGGUUGCAAUCGUUAACUAGCAGAGGUUGGUGUUUUAACACCGUCAGCCUUGAUCAAGUCCGAGCAAUCAUCACCAUUCAUUCCGCCAUCAACGGCGAUUCCUUCUCCGUCAAUUCUUUGGAAUCCGAGCUCUGUAACGUUGACUUGCGUUCAAUUGGCGGGAAAUCAUUACCUGAUCCUUCUCUCCUUCGCAAGGCGUCUCAGUUUCUUCUACCUCCCAAAGUUCUUCAGAUAGCUUCAGUGCAGGAUGUAAGUAGGAGCAGCGAGGUGGAUGGAUAUAAAGGUUCUAGCAAUCGGAGGCUUCUGAAGUUGGUUUUGAGUGAUGGGCAGUCUGAAGUUACAGCUGUGGAGUACUCUCCUAUCCCGUCUUUGUCCGAUAACCUAGUCCCGGGAACUAAGGUACGAUUGGAAAAGAAAGUGGUGGUACAUUAUGGUAUCGUCUGCCUUAUUCCAGAUGUGAUAACUGUGAUGGGAGGAGUUGUGGAAUCAUUGUACGAAGAGUGGCAGAUGAACCAGAAGUAUGCAGGUUUCUCCCGCUCCUCCCUGAGGCUUGGUCGAGAAGGCGACGCUGGUGGUCCCCCACCUUUUGAGAAAUUACAGAUUGGAGGGCCUAAACAUGGUUUUGCUCGUAAUGCAGCAUCAGCCUCCAGGAGCAGCAUACCUACUGCUGCUAAGUCCUCCAGAGAUACUGAUAUCCGGCAGAUGGAUAAAAAGCAAGCCUUCAAUGCUAAAGCUGAUGAUGCAGAUGUUAAUCUGAAAACCAGUUCAAGUUCCCAAAAAGCUGAAGAAAAGCCAACUAGCUCUGAUACUAGGACAAAAGAAGUGGCUGAAUAUAUCCCUAUCCAGAAUCAAGCAGCUGCACAGAAACUCCUGCAAAAAAUGAAUAAUCCAAAACAUAACAAUGAAAGAUAUAGAGCUUCAAGGUACAAGGGGAAGGAAUAUCAAGAAGAGAAACAGGUCUUCACUCUAGAAGAGUGGGAAAGGAGAAAAGCUGAGGCAAUUCCAGCAGCUAGAAACGAACCUCUUGAUCUCAAUCACGACGAGGCUCUCGCUCGGCAACUCCAGAACCAAUUUAAUUUGGAAGAUCAGGAGCAGCGAGGUCCUGUUAGAGACAAGGCAGAAGAUAUAAGGAUGAACAUGUUCAGUUUUGAAAGAGAUGACGGCGGAGAUGAAGGAAUAUAUGGUUCGCGAGGGAGGGGAAGAGGGCGAGGGAGAGGGGGAAGUAGGGGUAGAGGUAGGGGAAGAGGAAUAGGAAGAGGGAGAGGAUGAUGACGCUGUGUCUCCCAACUUUAUGCAAAACGGACCAAUUGUCUUCCUAACUGGAUCAUCAAAAUUUGGAACCAGCUUUGUGAAAGACAAUGGUUGGACAUGGAGCCAUGUUGACACAGUCCUUUAUUGAUUACAACAUACAAGGCCAAUCCCACUCUUGUAACAAACUGUACAAGCAUACCAUAAUUUGGUGUCAGUUUUGAAGUUUCUUUAAUGUAGUACUAGAAGUAUCAGCUAUGUUUUUCCCAGAAGCAAACUCGUGGCUCUUUCCGAAGGCUCUUUAUUAUCUCAAAGGGUCUCAGAGUCAAGAAUGAAGAGGUUGAAUAUAGCGUUAACCUUAUUGCAGGCAAAGCAGGAAUGCACUCAUUUUGUCACUCUCAGAGUCCCAGGUGUGCCUACAGAAAGUCACGCGCAGUGGUUUGUUAGGGACGCGUGCAUGUAUGCAUCACGCGUCUUCCUGGGUGUAUGGUAUACGGUGGAUUCAAGCACUCGAGAUGUUGCAAAAUCAGGGCAAUUUGUGCUCUCUGAAGCCGUUGAAGAAUACUUUAUACUUUUUUUUUUGGAAGUUAAUUAAUGCUGUGCUUCCUGCUGCAUUUUCAAUUAUGAACGCAAGAUGUAGGUUAGUAUAAUGAUUUAUUAUAGCUGAUUCCCACAAUCUUACGGUAAUUUCUUAGUCUUGUAGAAUCUAUAUAUUAUACUAAAAGAGAGAAAAUCAAUGUGGUGAUGACAAAUGUCACUCAUUGAUUGGCCUCUCUUAAAAUAAUAAUUAAUAUUGUUAUUCAAAAUUAGUUUGUCUUAUUUAAGGAAAA